AACUAUCGACAAUAUCGUUUUUUUUACACUACGAUGGUCGGCGAACGUGUGUUCUGUGAACAUGGAGUAUCAUAAAGACUCGUAUAAUUAUUCGCGUUGACAACAGGAUUUCGUUGUCGUAUUAUCAUCACAAUUAUUAAGUUAUCAUACAGGGCAAUUUAUAAAAAUUCAUAAAUACCACUUGCUACUUUAUUUAAAUAAUAAUAUCACCGUCAAGUGACAAUAGUGUCCUGUGUGUUCAUCUUAAAAAUAAUUUCAAUAUCUGUGUGCUAUUUCUCCAAAGAGUGUUGCAAAUUGUCAAACAUCAGUGUUUAUUUAUUAUUAUCAUUGUUAGUUAUUACAUUUAUAUAACAACCAAGUCAAAUAAUUUCAUUAGUGUGUUCUAGUGCUGAUUAAUUACUUUAAAAUAAUUAUUUAUUAGUAAAUAUAAUAUCGCAAGCAGUUUUUCGAGUACGCGUUAUUGAUCCCGACAGACAAAGGAAUUGCAAAGAAAACUGAAGGAUACUCGUGUCUAGAAUGUCCAGAUUGAGGAGCAGUAGAAUUAAGUGUUAGAGGAUACAUAAAAAAAAAAGUUAGCAAAGGUACUGAUGAAUAAUCUGUGACCCACGUUGAAUGUGGGGUACGAUAUCGCGGCUGUUCGCGACGAAACCAAGGCCAUCGGUCAGGACACCAGAACCCGGUGAAGAAGCCGUCGCUGCUGAGGAGGAGGAAGGGAACUAUUAUUACAAUAACAGUGAUCCUGCGUGUAAAAAUCUAAACGACGUGCCUCAGGCUGAGCUGGCUGUCCAUGUUUUCGAAUCGAUGGACCGUAACAUGGGAGACGACCGACGUCCAAAGGGUGGUCCUGGUGAUCAGCAUGGAGUUACCGAUAAUGAACACUUCUCCGAUGCUUAUGACAAACGUCAGGCCAAACAACGUGCCUCCGUGAAAUGGCUCCUCUCGAAGGCGUACAACAAUCGCGUGCCCGACAAUCUUCGCGAGCCUUACUAUCGUGAUCAUGAGGAACAAGAGCAUUUGAAACCACAAAUUGUCCAUGCGUUAUCAAAUGCUGAGCUCUAUUGUCUUGCAUUGGCGAAUAUUUAUUCGGACCCAAAUUACCACAAUCAAAAUCACUGGGGAAUAUUACAAGCACUGGCGAGGAAAGGCGUAUAUGUGGCCGAGCCUAAUAAUUCUCAACUAACUGAGACAAUUCUCAUUCAAAAUUCACCAUUGAAAAUGUCUGCACAUAUGGCUGUGAUAGAAGGAUUGAUGGUCUUGUAUGCAAAGGAAGUAGUGACAGGAGACCGUGUAGUAGCGGCGAUUCGACGAUUUGAUCCCGAACCAGAAGUCCAAGUACCUAGUGACCAUGAAAAGGGUUUACUUAUGUGGAUAAGUCAUGCCUCGCAUGCAUUAAUCGCUAAAAUACAAACGGAAGAAGGCGCCGGAGACAAGACGCGACUGCCUGAAUUACCUCCAGCCAAGGACUUCCAGUCUUUGUGCGACGGUGUGGGUUUGGCCGCUGUGGUGGCCUUCUACUGUCCCGGUGAGCUCAACUGGAUGGAUAUCAAAGUGUCAAAAAGGCCCUCUGUCGCCGAUGCACUCCACAAUCUUUCACUUGUUCAUAAUUUUUGCAUAAGAUGCUUGCCCUACUCGAUUUUUCAUAUGCAACCUGAGGAUGUCACUUACAUGAGAGGAUCUAUGAAACAAAAUUUACUCGUUUUUCUUGCGGAUAUGUACAACGUACUCGAGAUACAUCCCGUUAAAUGUGUGCGUUAUCCCGGAGAAGAAAGAGCGAUGCAGUAUCUCGAUGCUUGCCCGCGCAAUAGCCACGGGGUAGCUCAUAAACGAAGUCUACCGCAGGCUAUAGCUCCAAUUCCUGAUCUGAGAAGCAACCUCUCUGUGUCCGCGCCAGGUUUCACAGUUGCGAAACCUAUACCAUCAAGUUCUGUAAGGAAAUCACAGUCACUCCAACAAACUGCUGAAAGUCAUUCUUAUGAUGAGAGACGAGGUGGAUCAGAAGAAAAUUUUAUAGUACAUAAGAAUCGUGGUAUACCGACGUUAAGUUCCGUAAUAGAUGAUAGAUAUAAUAAUACAGCUGCUGGACGGCCGAGUAAUUGGGAAGAUCAACGAAGAAGUUCAUACGCAGGAAGACGUUCGCGACGCAACAGUGUGACAGAUGACUCUCAGCUGACAAUUGAAAAUUUCGGUGGAUCUCAGGACAAUUUACACAACUUCGGAUGUGUGAGAAAUCCCGACAAAGAGCUAGUGCACACGGGUAAGCGUACUGCCACAGAACCCACGCUUCCAGCGCGCUCGAGUGUCCAAGAUGUUUACGGUAGCGAUGUCCAGCACAUUUUAUCAGACAAUGGUUACGCCAAUGACGAGCCACCAACGAGAUUACGUCGGCAGAUAUCUAAUUCCAGUUUGAAUAACACAAGUCACAAAAAUAUUUUACAUUCCACGGAUAAUAAUGAUAACACUGACAGCGAAAUAAAAUCAUCAUCAGCCAACACAUCAACAACUAGUGCUACUAAAAUGUCGAGUUUUGCGAAUUUAACCCAACAUAAUUCGGAAAAAAGUAUUAAUUUUAAGUACACCGAGCAACAAGACCACGAUCAUGAACUCAGUGGCAACAAAAUAAAUUAUAAUAAUAAAAAAUUUGGACAAAGUAACGGCAAUGGAAUUGGUGAGAAGAAAACGACAUUUGCUACUUUGCCCAACACGACAACGUGGCAACAACAGAGUGCACAACAAUCCCAACAAUUGGAACAACAAUCGACUGAUGAAAAUGGGGGCAAUACAAUCAUGUAUGCCUCGCAAAUAAAUAAUAUAAGAAUGAAGUUGGAGGAAAAACGUCGGCACAUUGAAAAUGAAAAAAGAAAAAUGGAAGUUGUUGUAUCGAAACAGCGGCAAAAAGUUGGAAAAGCGGCUUUUCUUCAAGCAGUGACGAAGUUUUGCAUUGCGGGUAAGGUUAAAUCUCCUUCCUCAUCAACAUCCGGCGGUGACAGUCCUGUGGAGCAUGGUCCUCCUACUCCAUUGUCCUCUGGAUCCGCUGGUGAUACCCCAACAAGUGUUACCGAGACUACGUCAUCGGUAUCGCAACAAAACGCCCAAGAAAAACCGCAGCGUCCUUUUUCAUUGAAGGAAAUUACUGAAGAUAUUCAUGAUGUCGAGCACAAGUGGUUGGAGCAAGAUGGUAGCGCGCCAUUUACUGAAACUCGUCGUACUCCUGACAUUGAGAAUAUGGAUUUUGAUCAAUGCCAGCAAUCAAUAUCACACAUGAACUCGAGUUUGAGUGAAAUCCAAGCAGACAUUCAGCGUCUAGCGAGCCAGCAAAACCAAAUUCAACAGCAGCAUCUGAUGACCCAACAGCAACACCAAAUUCACCAGCAAUUGCAGCAGCUCCAGAGCUUAAGUCAGCAGCAUCUCCAGAGCUACGUCAUGCCGCCGAUAAAUCCCAUGACUCCGCGACUUCAAGACCCGCAACCAGGACAAUUUUACUUGCAUGACCAGCCGCAGCAAAUGCAGAGAAGAACCUGGGGCCGACCGGCACAGCAACAGAAUUUGGUUAACGAAAUGGCCUCUGUGGGUCACUAUCAGCAACAACCGGUUGUGGACACGCAUUACAGCCCCCAGCCAGUUGCCGCAGCUUCUGUUAUAUACCAGCAAGAUCCUCGUCUGUAUCAAGACACAAGGACUUGGGGUAGUGGUGCUCUGCCUCAGCAAAAGGGCUUUGUUCUGCAUGACAACACCCAAGAUCACCAGCAGUAUCAGCCGAGGUAUAUAAAUGGUGACCACAGUCUCUGCAACACUCAAAUGCAUCAACAAAUAUCUAAUUAUCCGUCAGCUGCACUUUUUAAUCAAACUCAACCUACGGCUGCUAGUCCUCAACAUCGUAAUGCCGUUCAUCGGAUAAGUCAACUGAUAAACGAAAGUCCAGAGACUAAAAAAUCAACAGUACAUCAUGUACCGAUUACUUGUGAAAGUCCUACGGAUAAACGUCAAAAUAAUAUUAAUAUUCAUGCUCCUGUACCAGCGCCACCAGCUGACGACAUGGAACCACAAAAUAUAUCAUUUAUUGGUAAUGAUGAAGAUUUCGCACAAGGAAUUAAACGGCUACAUAUCACAUCAGGAAGUCGUACCUACAGAAUAGCAUCACCAACAAAAACAACAAUAUCACGUAAUUCAUUUCAACCUCAUUCGUCAUCAUUACGUGAAGCAUCUCCGUCACCUACGUCAGCAAUUUCACCACCAGAAAUAACACCACUGGACUCAUCUGACGCUGGAGAAAAAGGAUUUUAUAUAUCAUUUGACAAUGACGGGCCAAAGAAACCAAAACCUGCAUUGAGAGUGAAAAGAUCACCUAAGAAGGAACGAACUGUUUCGUCAUUCAUCGAACAGGAAGACUUUACAGCACGUCCUGAAUCCCCGCCAGCCAAUGCUGUAGAUCGGCAACGACAGCAAGAAGCUCAGCGUGACUUGGAUCGAGAACGUCAACGUCAAGCUGAAGAACGCGAGUAUCAUCGUCAGGACAUGCGGGACCGCGAGUUGCGUCGGGAGAUAGACAAAGAGCAGCGGUCACGUGAAGACAGACUCCGCACUAAUAGUGAUAGCCGUCAGAAUCCAGCUGGUGCUGUUGGUUUGGUUAUCGGCAAUCAGCUUGCCAACCCCGACCCCAAUUCUAUUGACGAAAUGGAACGUAAGAAAGAACGUAUUAUGCUGCUGUCGUUGCAGCGGCGGCAGCAGCAAGAGGAAUUGAAAGAACGUAAAGAAGCUGAGGCUCAGGCGCGCCGGGAACAGGAAAAAAUGAAGGAAGAAGAACGGGCGAGGAAGAAAGAAGACGAUCGACAGAGAAGAGCUAUGAUUCUGGAACAGCAUAAAUUGAAAAAAGCUAUCGAGGAAGCUGAACGUGAGGGUAAAGUUAUUGAUAAAGAACUUCUUAAUGCCAUAAAACCAACUCCUAAAUUACGUAAUAAGACUGCAUCGGCUCGUCCACGACCGAAAACAAUCCACGUUGAUCAGAGUUCGGAACUCGAUUCCGGAGCUCUGACGCCUAGUCGCGGGAAGAAAGGAUCUUCCUCCAACCUCAGUACAGCGACGCUGAUCUCACCAACGAUGAAACGAGAUUACUUCAGAGGCUCGCAGGACACUCUUACUGCUGCCCAUUUCGACGACCGGCGAGCCGGCCUCUUCUCUAGGGGUGGCAGUCUCAAGGUAUCUUCUGUAGACUCACCCGAUGACGGUAGAGGUUGUUCUCCCUGUCGAAGCUCAACUCAACUCGGCCGCCGGGGAUCAUACAAAACUUCACGAGAUACGCAGGAGCCUCAGCAACAGCCUAGAGGCAGGCCUAAAUACUCAACUUACCAAAACUUUAAGGGAAGAAAGUCAAAUUCGUUGAUGAAUUUGUGUGAUACGGACAGCGGUCUGGGCCGUGCGACUCCACCUAGAAGAGCGCCGAGUCCCGGAAUGGGAAGUACCAAACACUUGCCAUCGCCCUCGGGUCCUGGAUCUCUGCCGCCUGGUCUCAUGUCCAAGCGAAGAUUUGACGACGGUAGCAGUGAUAUCAGUAGCACGCCUAGCUCUAUGAUGGAAUACAAUGGUCCUCGAUUGUACAAACAACCAGCCACGAAAUCGAACCGCGGAAUAAUGCUGAACGCCGUCGAGUAUUGUGUGUUCCCUGGAACGGUUAAUAAAGAAGCUAAGAGACGCGUAUUGGAAGAAAUCGGACGAUCUGAGAGUAAACAUUUUCUGAUACUCUUCAGAGACGCUGGUUGCCAGUUUCGCGCGCUAUAUUCUUAUUGUCCUGACAGAGAAGAAGUUACGAAAUUAUGUGGCACUGGACCUAAGCAAGUUAUUGAUAAUAUGUUUGAUAAAUUUUUCAAAUACAAUUCUGGUGGUAAAUGUUUCUCUCAAGUGCACACAAAGCAUCUGACUGUAACCAUAGAUGCCUUUACGAUACACAAUAGUCUUUGGCAAGGUAAAAAAGUUAACUUACCAAAUAAAAAGGACAUGGCUCUCGUCAUAUAGUUUACAUACGAUAAAUAAAUUUACCUCUAACGUCAUAAAAUAAAAAAUUAACGCCUCCAUUAUAGUUUAUAUUUUAAUACAGACCCAUACGUUACGUUUUUUAUUUAAUUAAUAUUAAUUUAAAUAACAUUAUCUUAUUAAAAAUAAAUAUACACAUACAUAAUGUUAUUUAAAUAUAUAUUUAAAUUUAAAUAUAUACUACUGACAGAGUUAAAUUAUAAUAUUCAUGGCCUUGUUUAUAAUCUUAAUGUAUUUUUUACUACUCAUUGUAUCGCGAUAUUAAUUAACACCGAUCUUAUUAUUUAAUGAUAUUAAUAUCAACAAUAGGAAUUGUAUGGUAUCUUAUUAAUAAAUAAAUAUUGCGCGGACUAACAGCAUUAAUUGUCUUGUGAUUAUUGAAUUGUCACAGCAAGUGCUAAUUAAAGGAGCACAAUAUAUAUCAUUUUUAAAUUUAAAAAAAAAUCCACGAGCUUCAUUAUUUUUUUUAUUUUAUUUUUUAUUUUUUUUUAUUAAGAUUUUUGGCCAACUUGAUAGCAAACUUCCAUUUAGUAAAUAACUUGACAGUGUAUUGUAAUUUAUCACUAAUUAUUUAAUUAGACGUUGGGAUCCGAUUAGAGUUGAAAGCAUAAUAAUUAUUACAAGUUUUUUUUGACUAAUUGCUAAAAAAAAGACUUUGCAAGAAUGAACAUUAUUUUUUUUUCCUAAAAUUAAAUUACUUAUUAUUUUAAAAAAAAUACUCAUGUAAAUUAAUAGUCUUUUAUUAAUUAUCAUUAAUAUUAUUGUUUUUUGUUUGUGAUUGUUGACAUAACAACGAUUAGUGUGAUUUGAGUAAUUUAAUUGUUAAUUAAAAUAAAUAAAUAAUUUAAAAAAUUAUAAUUAUUAAAUUUUAUUCUGUAUAAAAAAAUUCAUGGACAUAAAUUAGGUUUGUAAAUAUAAAAUAUUAAAUAUAAGUAAAUUCAUUGCGAUUAGUUAUGAAAAAAAAAAUAAAAAACCUUUUAAAUAUAUACCAAAUUAGCCUUACAUUUAAAUAUAUAUAAACUUGGUGUUACAUAUAUUUCAUAAUUACCAGCAGCUUUUUUUAUUAUUUCAUAAUUAUUAUUAUCAUUUUUUUCUAUGAUAAUUAAUUAUUGAAGUGACAUUUAAAGCAAGCAGGCGCCCGUGUAAAAAGAAUUCGUUCCGAAAAGAUUCAAAUUUUUUUGAAGUUCGAUAUGUGGAAGUAAAGUUGAGGCAGAGUAAAACUUCAAGUGAAAGUUUUUUUAACUUUUGUAAUUUUGAUAAAAAAAAAACUUUAUUUAGGAUUUUAUAUGAGCGAAAUUUGAGUAAAAAAAAAAAACGUUUUCAAAAUGGAUUUUUAUUAUAUUUUACCCUCGUUCCGAAAAAGUUUAAAAACCUGAAAUUUGAAACUUUUUACAAACGUAUUUUAAGUUUUUUUGGGCAAUUGGUUUCUAAUGGGAAUUUUUUUGAAAAAAAAUUCUCAAAAUUCGCUCAUAUAAAAUCCUAGAUAAACUUUUUUUUUUACUAUCAAAAUUACAAAAGUUCAAAAAAAGUUUCACUCCAAGUUCUAAUCUGUCUCAAGUUUAAAAUUUCCACUUGUCGAACUUUUUUUGAAUGUUUUUGGAAGGAAUUUUUUUACACGGGCAGUCCCUCGACUUUUUCAAAAAAAUUAAAUAACUGAAAUGUCACCUAUAUUCGUAGUUUACAUAUAUUUGAUUUCAUUUAAAAAUAUAAACUAAAGCUUUCUUGAGAUAUGUCUUCCUAAAUUAAAUUUUAAAAAAUAACCGACAGUAAAUAAAAUUUGAAAAAUAUAUAAUAGAUUAAAAUUAACGGCUUUUAUAUUUUCGAUUGUGUGCAAUCAUAAAAAAUAUUAUUUUUUUUUGUGCCAUAAAUUAUAAAGCCGUAGUUUCAGUACUAUACGUAAAAUUGGUUAAUUAAGUAAUUUUAUAAAAUAAUAACAAGUUAAUUUGUAUGAUAAUUAAUAAUUAAAUUUAUUAUGCUUAUGGGAAAAUAAUAAUUUAAAAUCUAAAGACAUGCUAUAGAAUCCUCAAGAAAAAUGCACUUAUCCAAAAAAUUAAUGAUACUGAAGUUAGCCGACGUCUAUAAUUUUUGGAUUUUUUUAAAGCGAGAAAUUAUAAAAAAAAAAUAUUUCAAAAAAUUGCACUUAUAGUCUUUUAAAUUUUCUACGUGUGCAUAUUUUUAGUCUUUUUUUUUCUUCAAAUUUAAUAGUUAAAAAAAAAUCCAAAAAUUUUUAAUUGUCUGCUAACUUUAAGAUCGUUAAAAUUAAAGGAACAAGAAAAUUUUAUAAAUUUUUUAGUGAUUUUUGGUAGGUUGUAUUUUUGUGGAAAAUGAUCGUAUCGAAAAAAUGAAAAAAGGAAAUUGAAGCUUGAAAUCUCUAGUUUCAAGAUCUUCUAGCAAUUUUUUCAAUAUGAUUAUUUUUUACGGAAAUACAGUCUUCCAAAAAUCACAAAAAAAUUUAUAAAAUUUUCUUGUUCCUUAAAUUUUUUGGAUAAGUGUAGUUACUAUUAAAAUUAAAAUUAAAGCUAAUUAUUUAAAUAAUUACUUUUAGUGAUUGAAUAUUUUUUUUAUUUUUUGUAAAAACAAAUCGCUUCACUUUUUUACUAUUAAAUAAUUUUAAAAGGGUUCUAUAGUUGCGUCAUUAAAAUAACACUAAUGUGGAAUAAUUAUGAAUUGAGGCAUUUGAUACAUUCAACCCAAAAAAUUUAGGCAACUGAUGUCCUACUAAUUUAUCUUUUCUGUUUAAAAAAAAAAUUUAAUUAUUUUAAAUUUUUAAUUAUUCAAAUCUACUACUCGCGUUUGAAAAAAAUUGAAAAUAAUAUAAAUAUGGUAUAAUACCUGACCUAAUUGACAUAUCGAAUUUCUGUAGUCUUAACUUUCUGGCAAAAUUGAUAGUUAAGUUAAAAAUAAAAAAUAAAAAAUAAAAAAUAUUAUUUUGAAAUUUAUGCCCGGAGGAUUAAUAAUUUAUAUUUAAUAAUAAAUAAAAAAAAUCGAUUCCAUGAAUUGAAUUAUAAAAAUAAUAUAUAAUUUAAAAUUUGAGUCCGAUAUGACAAUAUUGUUUAUGCAGUGAAUGCCAUAAGAAAAUAAAUAAAUAAUUUUUACAGUGCUCAUUACAACGAGCUCCUUAAAAUAAUUAAAUAAA